ACGGGUGAACAGGUUGUGUGAAGGUAAAUUUGAGAAUCUGCCGAGCUGGUCUGUGGCGUACUGGAGACAGUGGUUUAUUUUACAGAAACACAGAGAGAUCCUUGAGCUAACUUGUUGAAGCAGACAUGGAGAGCGACUCUGAAACACACAGUGGUGAAGAUACUACUCCAGAUGACUGGAUGGAUUUGGCUGUAGACAGUCCAGCUGCCAGUCCUGCUGCUACACAGAAACCCUCAGAAGAAGAGGAUUUUAAACUGUCCCUGAUCACCUGGAAUGUGGACGGGCUUGAUUUGGAAAAACGUCCAGAGCGUUCCAGAGGCCUGGUUAAAUAUUUAAACUUACACAACCCUGAUGUGGUGUUCCUGCAGGAGCUCGUUCCCCCUUAUGUCCAGUUCUUGAAGGAACAGCUCGUCAACUACCUGAUGAUUGAAGGUGGUCGGAACGGUUGCUUCACAGGGAUGUUGCUGAAAAAGUCACGAGUCAAACUUGUGGAGAGCGAGAUGGUAGCUUAUCCCACCACUAAGAUGAGGAGGAACCUGCUGGUCGCUCAGGUGAUCGUCAACGGUCAGAAGCUGUGCCUGAUGACAUCCCACUUUGAGAGCUGUAAGGAAAAUACUGCAGAGCGUCUGAAACAGCUGCAUGUGGUGAAGCGGAGGUUGAAACAUGCACCUGAUGAUGUCACCGUUGUGUUUGGGGGAGACACAAACCUGAGGGAUGCGGAGGUGACCAAGGUGGGCCUGCCUGCAACUGUCUGUGAUGUGUGGGAGCGACUGGGCAAACAGGAGCACUGCCGCUACACGUGGGACACCUCUGCCAACAACAACAAAACGUUUCCCUUUGUCGCUCGCUGCCGCUUUGACAGAAUCUACCUCCGCCCGGCCAUCAAACGUGGAAUCCCACGUCUGGCCCCUGAUCACAUGGCCUUGGUGGGGCUGGAGAAGCUGGACUGUGGACGCUACACUAGUGAUCACUGGGGAAUCUACUGCACCUUCUCAGCUGAAUAGAACUACACAAAACAACCAAAACCAUGACAGUUAAGAAUUUUAUUUUAGAUCAGCCUCUCUUUAAAUGACUGUAACACUAUGCAGGAAGAUGUUCUUAUUGCCUGUAAAUGAUUCACCUUAAUUUAAUCAGUUUUAUCCUCUAAUGUGUGUCUGCUUAAGUGUUUUAUGUGGUUAAAAUGACAAAUUAAAAUAUGAAAAGUA